CUUCUUCCAAUACACCCCCAUUCCUCCCCUCUUUCUUACUCCGUCUUCUUCGCAUCGAUUCUUCCAAUUUCCAUCUCCAUUCCCAAUUUCAGAUCAGAUUCCAAAAUCGAAAUCCAGGGUUUAUCAUCUUCUUCUAUAAACCUUGUAAAUAUUUCAACAAUUAGGUCCUGAUUUCUCCAAUCGCCAUGGAUUCUAUCUCCGCCUUCAUCUUCCAUCAACACCGUUCUAUACGACAUUGAGAAACCCACCGAUUUCUGCUUCAAUUCGAAGAUCUAGAAUCUGGGUUUUUGUUUUCAGCUCAUGGAAUCAUCUGGGUUCUUCGUAAUUUGUCUUCUCCAUUCGUCGAUUGCUAUUUCGUGUGGUGGUUUGAUCAUGUUUUACCUCAACGAGAUAUCGGUGUUCGGCCAUGGAAUCGAGACUGCACGAAAACUAUCGGGAUCGACGCCACACGACCAGUUGUUGAUACAAACGUCUCAUUCAUUCGUGGGAUUGCUUCUUUGUGGCAUUGGAUUCAUAUACUUCAUGGUUGCGUUUGUUAAAGAUCGAGAGUUUCAGGGGUUUUUUGCAAAAGGGUGUGUGAUUCUUCAUUUGUCAAUGGCUUUAUGGAGAAUUUACUUCGAGAGAAGACUCGAGGAUUUGGCCGGCGAUUGGCCAAAGCAACUCGUCGGCGAUACCCUUCUGGCGACAUCGUGGGUGUUCUUUUUGGUGUAUUCUUGGAGAGAAAAGUACGAUUAAAGUUAUUGAUUAAUUUGUAUUUGAUAACAAAUUUUGUGUUACAAACAUAAAUCCAUUGAAAUUUGAUU